AUGUUCAGCUCGCGUUAUAGUACAUCUCGCCAGGGUAGAGAUACAAAGCCCCGUACUGCUGUAGUUAUAGACGACGAUGAUGAUUUGUAUGGGGGAUUUAACGAAGUGUCUCCAGCCUUGGACACCAGAACGCUGCGAGAGGACCAGGCGUUUCAGGAGGCGGUCCGGACGGCCGGAAUUGGUCGGCAAAUGCCUAGCCGACUGGGCACCAGUGUGUUUGCCAUUGGGACUGGCAGGGCUGUGGGAGCGUCCCGAACUGGUACGGCCGCGCGACCUAUGACUGCUCUCAGAGCAGCAGGAUACACGUCUGCAACACGCGAUACGCCUUUAAAAGAUGACCGAAAGGAAGAGAGAAUGAAAGUCAUGCAUAAUAUUGGGCUCCUUCUAGUACGUAUGGGCAAGUUUCGCGACGCCGUAACAAAUUUCCAACACAUAAUGCAUGAGCAAGGCGAUUUUCAAACAGGAUUACAUUUGGUCCUGUGCUCCGUGGCACUGAACGAUGCUGAGGCGGGAAAAGCUGCUUUUCACGCGAUGCUAGAUGUGGAACCUCCUACUUAUCACCAGGACAUUCCUAUCGACGACGUUUCGUCCUCAUUCCUAUUUCUGUCCGAACCGCAGGAGAACGACGCAUACGAGUGCGUGUUGCGUGACGUGGUGCGCGGUGACCGUCUGUCGAUGUGGUCGCGGAGGGCGUCAGCGCACGCUGAGCGGUGCCUCGCGCUCGCCGCCGCCGCCCUGGCCGCGCCCAACGCUAGAGACGACGACGCGGGCAGCGCCUCUUGGUGCGCGGAGGCGUUGCGCGGCUACUCGGGCGGGGGCGCUGGCGCUCGCCUCGAGUUGGGCGGGGCAUUGGCGGCGCUACGCUCGGCGGUCGCGCCAUCGGGCACGGCCGGCUCCGCGCUGGCGUCCGGUGUCCGAGUGCUGCAGCGCUUGAAAGCCGUCGCCCGCGCACACCACGACGACCGCGUGCUACGUGCAGAGGCGGCUACAGACGCCGCCUUCGUUGCGUACGCCUUGGGCAAAUGGUCUGAGGCGAAGUCUCUGAGUGAAGCAGCCGCUCGCGACGACCCGUACUCUUGCACGGCUCGUGUUUGCGGCGCCCUAGCCGACCUAGCGGCUGCCCGGCCGGACGCCGUGGCAGAAGUGGCAGCGGACGUCGCCCGCCGCCUUGUAGCCGCCAGCCAUCUAGACCCCGCCGAUCUCCUCGCCAUGCACAAUUUAGCUCUGUGCAUGGAGAUGAGCGGUGAAGCGGAGGGGGCGGAGGCUCGCUGGCAGCGGGUGCGCGCGGCUACGGGGGCCGCGGGGGCGGGGGGCGCUGGGACACUCCGCUCGCUGGCUGCCGCGGGCCUUGCACGGCUAGCCCAAACUUCCUCCUCAGACCCUUCCGCCGCCGACCACUGGUACAGCAUGAUCGGUAGCUGGGAUGCUGGAGUGACGUGCGCCCUUGCCCAGCUACACAAUGAUAUGGGAGACGCACAGACCGCCAAGCAUCAUUAUCAGGACGUCGAAGCUAUCUGGCCGUGUGAGUUGUCGGCCCUGCAGUGGCUUGCAAGUGAGGCGGCACCUGAAGAAGCCCUGCAAUAUUAUCGGAGGGCAGCGAGACUUCAACCCUCCAAUCCGCAAUGGGGUCUGCUGAUAGGCGGGUGUCUACGCUCCACUGGACGAUAUCAAGAUGCUCUCGCGCUCUAUAAGAAGCUCAAUGCCAGAUUUCCUGAAAAUGUUGAAUGUUUAAAAUUAAUUGUCAAGCUAUGCGGAGACCAAGGUCUUCAAGAGACGACAACUUGGUCAAGGGAGCUGCAGAGGGUCCAGGCCCGACUUAAGCAGCAAGAGCGAGCAGUCGCCGCUACUUCGGCUGGAAGCGGUUCGUCCGGCAAGAGUCACUCGCCCGUAGACUUAAUAAGAGGCGGGUCCCGUGCAGCAGUGUCACGACAAUCGAGCAAUGGACGCGGGGACAGUGCACCCGGACAGACAAAUACGUACAUCGGCGAUGGUUUUAGCCAGGAAGGCUUCCAGCCGCCAGGCCGCCAGGAAAAUCGCAGAUCGAGCAAGAAGAAGACGGAGGAUUUGGACGAAGACCUGCCUCUACCACCCGAA